AUGGACUAUCCUGAUCCAGACACAAUAAGGAUUUUAAUUACUACAGAUAAUCAUGUGGGUUACAACGAAAAUGAUCCCAUUACUGGCGAUGAUUCUUGGAAAACUUUCCAUGAAGUCAUGAUGCUGGCCAAAAAUAACAACGUAGACAUGGUUGUACAGUCCGGUGAUCUUUUUCACGUGAAUAAGCCUUCCAAGAAGUCACUCUACCAAGUACUGAAGACUUUGAGAUUAUGUUGCAUGGGUGACAAGCCUUGCGAGUUAGAAUUAUUGAGCGAUCCCUCACAAGUUUUUCACUACGAUGAAUUUACCAACGUUAACUAUGAGGACCCCAACUUUAAUAUUUCUAUUCCCGUAUUCGGCAUAUCAGGUAAUCAUGAUGAUGCGUCGGGGGACUCACUGUUGUGUCCUAUGGAUAUACUUCAUGCGACUGGUCUAAUAAAUCAUUUCGGGAAAGUCAUCGAAUCUGAUAAAAUAAAAGUCGUGCCAUUAUUAUUUCAGAAAGGGUCCACUAAGUUAGCAUUGUACGGAUUAGCCGCUGUUCGUGAUGAAAGGUUAUUUAGAACUUUUAAGGAUGGUGGUGUCACUUUUGAAGUACCGACUAUGCGAGAAGGUGAAUGGUUUAAUUUAAUGUGCGUCCAUCAAAAUCAUACAGGUCACACGAAUACUGCAUUUUUACCUGAACAGUUCUUGCCAGAUUUCCUGGAUAUGGUGAUAUGGGGUCAUGAACAUGAGUGUAUUCCGAAUCUCGUACACAAUCCAAUUAAAAAUUUUGAUGUAUUACAACCAGGUUCAUCUGUAGCUACUUCACUUUGUGAGGCUGAGGCACAACCCAAGUAUGUCUUUAUCCUUGACAUAAAGUAUGGAGAAGCACCAAAAAUGACACCUAUUCCUCUUGAGACUAUACGGACAUUCAAAAUGAAAUCCAUUUCGUUACAAGAUGUUCCCCAUUUGAGGCCUCACGAUAAAGAUGCUACGUCUAAGUAUCUUAUUGAACAAGUUGAAGAAAUGAUCCGCGACGCUAAUGAGGAAACUAAACAAAAAUUAGCGGACGAUGGUGAAGGUGACAUGGUUGCGGAAUUACCGAAACCAUUGAUCAGAUUACGUGUUGAUUAUAGUGCACCCUCCAAUACACAAUCCCCAAUAGAUUACCAAGUUGAAAACCCGCGUAGAUUUAGCAAUCGAUUUGUGGGACGUGUUGCUAACGGUAAUAACGUUGUGCAGUUUUAUAAAAAAAGGUCACCUGUAACUAGAUCAAAAAAAUCCGGUAUAAAUGGAACAAGCAUCAGUGAUAGAGAUGUUGAGAAACUUUUCAGCGAAAGUGGCGGUGAACUAGAAGUUCAAACUUUGGUUAAUGAUCUCUUGAACAAAAUGCAACUAUCUUUAUUACCAGAAGUUGGUUUGAAUGAAGCAGUAAAGAAGUUUGUAGAUAAAGAUGAGAAAACAGCUCUUAAAGAAUUUAUUAGCCAUGAAAUAUCGAACGAAGUUGGAAUAUUAUCUACGAAUGAAGAAUUUCUGAGAACAGAUGAUGCAGAGGAAAUGAAAGCGCUUAUAAAACAGGUUAAGCGUGCUAACAGUGUUAGGCCGACUCCCCCUAAAGAAAAUGAUGAGACAAAUUUCGCAUUCAAUGGUAAUGGGCUAGAUUCCUUCCGGUCUAGUAAUAGAGAAGUAAGAACUGGAUCUCCAGACAUUACCCAAUCACAUGUUGAUAAUGAAUCAAGAAUAACCCAUAUUAGUCAAGCGGAAAGCAGUAAGCCAACGAGCAAACCCAAACGAGUGCGAACUGCAACGAAAAAGAAAAUUCCUGCUUUUUCAGACUCAACUGUCAUAUCCGAUGCAGAAAAUGAACUCGGUGAUAAUAACGAUGCUCAAGAUGAUGUUGAUAUUGAUGAGAAUGACAUAAUUAUGGUCAGUACUGACGAAGAGGACGCUAGUUAUGGUUUACUUAAUGGUCGAAAAACAAAAACAAAGACUCGUCCUGCUGCGAGCACCAAAACCGCUUCCAGAAGGGGAAAAGGAAGAGCAUCAAGGACGCCAAAGACGGAUAUUCUUGGAAGUCUCCUUGCUAAGAAAAGAAAAUAG